AUGGAUCUAAUCGCGAAUCAACCAGUUGUCAUUGACAAUGGAAGUGGAGUGAUCAAAGCCGGAUUUGCCGGCGACCCAUCACCAAAGGUCAAAUUCGCUAAUUUUGUUGGACGACCAAAACAUACUCGAGUGAUGGCUGGGGCUCUUGAAGGAGAUCUCUUUAUUGGACCUAAAGCUGAAGAAUACCGAGGGCUUCUCUCACUCAAGUAUCCUAUGGAACACGGAAUUGUCACCGAUUGGAAUGACAUGGAGAAAGUUUGGAACUACAUCUACAGCAAAGAACAACUGAAUGUUUUCCCUGGGGAGUAUCCGGUGCUGUUGACGGAAGCUCCACUGAAUCCAGCCAAGCAUAGAGAAAAGACUGCAGAGAUCUUCUUUGAGACUUUCAAUGUACCAGCUCUUUACAUACAAAUGCAGGCGGUUCUUGCUCUUUAUGCUUCGGGACGCACAACGGGAGUGGUUGUAGAUUCAGGUGAUGGUGUGACACAUGUUGUACCUAUUUAUGAAGGAUUCGCGAUGCAGCAAGGAAUUGAGCGUAUCGAUGUCGCUGGUCGAGAUGUUACCAAGUUUUUGCGUCUCCUUUUACGAAAAGAGGGCUACAACUUCCAUCGCAGCUCCGAAUUUGAAAUCGUUCGCGAAAUUAAAGAAAAGGCUUGCUAUGUUGCUGCUAAUGCGGCUAAAGAGGAACAACAAGAAGGAGAUAAGGAGAUCAAAUAUCUGCUACCGGAUGGCUCUAGAAUGGAUCUUCGCGCAUCACGCUUUAGAGCUCCUGAAAUCCUUUUCCGUCCUGAAAUCAUUGGUGAGGAAUGGCCCGGAGUUGCAGUUUGCAUCGAUAAUGCUAUUCGGAAAUGCGACAUGGACCUUCGAAAAACUCUUUAUUCAAACAUUGUGCUCAGUGGUGGCUCUACGAUGUUUACAGGAUUCGGAGUUCGAUUGCUGGCUGAGAUGCAAAAACUCGCUCCGGCUGAGACAAAAGUGAAGAUUUCAGCUCCACAGGAACGCAUUUAUUCCACAUGGAUUGGAGGGUCGAUUCUCGGCGCUCUUGAUACUUUUAGGCGUAUGUGGGUGAGCAAGAAGGAAUGGGAGGACGAAGGAAAAAAGAUCCUUCACAAGAAAUUCCUC